UAUUUUGCUCCACUCCUUUCCCCAACCCCCCACUCAUUCACUCACCACUUCACUGACUCCAGGCUCCGCUCGUUGCCUCCCUCAGUCGUUCCUUGUACUCAAUUGUGCAGAAUCUGUUACGUCGCGCAAUGCGGAACAAUUUGCUCGCGCUCGCAGUCGUUCUGCUCUUGUCGGCGCUGGCGUUACCGGCGCCGUGCCGCGGGCACAACAUCACGAAGAUCCUCGCGGAGCACCCGGAGUUCUCGACAUUCAACCACUACCUGACCUUGACCCACCUCGCGAGCGUGAUCAACCACCGGCUGACGAUCACCGUGCUCGCCGUUGACAAUGCAGCGAUGUCGGCCAUGCUCGGCCACCACUACACUUUACCGACAAUCCGACACAUCCUGCAGCUGCACAUCCUCGUCGACUACUACGGCACGAAAAAGCUGCACCAGAUCUCCAGGGGAUCCACCCUCUCCUCCUCCAUGUUCCAGGCGACGGGCGCGGCGCCGGGGACAACCGGCUACGUGAACAUCUCCGACCACAAGGCGGGGCACGUGACGUUCGCCGCCGAGGACUCGCCGGAUGUGCAGGCGACGUUCGUGAAGUCGAUCAAGGAGAUGCCCUACAACCUCUCCGUCAUCCAGAUCAACUCCGUGCUCUCGUCGCCGGAGGCGGAGGCCCCCGCGCCCCCGCCGGCCCCCGUGAACCUCACCACCCUCAUGUCGAAGAGCGGCUGCGCGGCGUUCGCCGAGCUUCUCCUGUCGACCGCCGACGUCGAGAAGACGUUCAACGACAGCGUCGACGGGGGGCUCACCGUGUUCUGCCCCAUCGACGCCGCCGUGAAGGCGUUCACGCCCAAGUUCAAGAACCUGACGGCGGCGCACAAGACGGCGAUACUGCUGUACCACGGCGUGCCGGUGUACUACUCGAUGCAGAUGCUCAAGUCGAACAACGGCGUCGUGAACACGCUGGCGACCGACGGCGGCGCCGCCAAGAACUACAACUACACACUCCAGAAUGACGGCGAGACCGUCACGCUCGAGACCAAGGUCUGUCGUGACGGCGACGGUCANAUGAAGACGGCGGAGGACUCAGACCCGCUGGGGGUGUACACCAUCGACAAGUUCCUGCAGCCCCGCGAGAUGUUCAAGGCGGUCGCCGAGGAGCCGCCACCGGCCCCCGCGGGUCCCGAGGAGGCACCGGCGGACGACGCUACGGCCGACGACAACACCAACGGUUGCGUCAGACUCUACAGCAGCAGCAAUUUCUUAGUGGGUGUGGUCACCGCAGCGCUUCUGUCCGUCGUGACAAUGAUGGUCUAA